GAACGCGAGCGCGGGCGAUUGCCGUGAUGGUGUCGACCGCUCGUGACAUUGGCACGUUGUUCGGCGAGCCAUGGUCACGUCGCCGGUACUGCAGCCGCCACCACCACCACGAGGAUAUCGACGCGGACGAUGAUGUGCAGAUGCGGGAUUUCAUCGACAGACAGCUGAAACUGGCGCCGAUGGGCCAUCAGGUGCUUGUGAUCCAGCCGUACAUCAAGUGGGGCGCUAACAAGGACCGGAGCACGCGGCCCGAGGUGAAGGCCGAGGAGAGCGGGUCGUUGGUGCGCACGUUGUCCGGUUGGAAGGUGGUGGAAACGAUGCUCGUGGGUCUGACAUCGUUCCGCAAGCACACGUUCUUCGGGCCGGGCAACGUGGAUGCGAUAGCACUCAAGGUGCAACAGAACAAACGCGUGUCGGCCGUGUUCAUCAGCGUCAAUGUGCUGAAACCCGUGCAGCACCAGCACUUGGAGCACCGGUUCCGCGUGCCCGUAUACGACCGGUACCUGAUGGUGAUACAGAUCUUUCGGCAGCACGCCACUACGCGGGAGGCCAAGCUGCAAGUGGCGCUAGCCGAGGUGCCGUACAUCUGGUCGCGAAUACGUGGCGUACAAGAGGGCUACGCCGAGCGAUUGGGCACCGAGGCGGGCCAGAUAGUACUCAGCGGUAACCUGGGGUUCAGCGACAAGAAGGAUUUGCUCAAGGAGUACGAGAAGAAGCUGAAGCGGUCCGUGGACAAGUUGCGGGGCCACCGCGGACACUUGAGGCAUGGCCGCAAGGGCAAGGACCUACCCGUGGUCGCGGUGGUGGGUUACACGAACGCGGGCAAGACGUCUUUAGUGCGCGCGCUCACCGGCGACGAAGGACUCGCGCCUCGCGAUUGUCUGUUCGCCACGCUCGACGUGACCGUGCACGGUGGCAUAUUGCCGUCCAACGUGCGCGUUCUUUACGUGGACACGAUUGGUUUCAUAUCGGAUAUACCGACCAGACUGAUCGAGCCGUUCGUGGCCACGCUCGAGGACGCCAUGUUUGCCGACGUGAUCAUUCACGUUACGGACGUGUCGCAUCCGAAUGCCGCUGUUCAGAAACAGCACGUGGAGAAGACGCUUAAGGAUUUGAGCUUGGACGUCGACCUGUUGGACCGCGUAAUAGACGUCAGCAACAAGGUGGACCGCAUGACCGAAUCGUUGCAAUCGCAGCAGUGUGACGAUGAUGCGGUAAUGGUGUCAUGCACCACUGGAGCGGGCCUGGACAAGCUCAAGACUCGGAUUGAAGAACGGGUGAUGGAGGUGACGGGCAGGCGAGUGGUAAAGAUCAGGGUGCUCACCGGUCGUGAAGAGUACGAAUGGCUGAGGGCGCACACGGCCGUAGUCGGUGUCGAAGCUGACGGCGAACACUCCGUCGUCCAAGCGGUCGUCACUAAAUCCGAUUUGGACGUUUUCAGAAGUCUGUUCAUACGCAAGAAGAAUUGAUAUUGAUAAUUUGAUCGUUUUCAUGCGGAUAACACACGACGCUGUUGCAGUUGUUUCUUUUGUAGAACUAUUUUGGAAUUUUUUUUUUUAUGAUCAAUAAAUAAAUCGUAAACCACGAA